AGUUAUGUUCUGAGGAUAUAAUUGAUACUUCGGACGCAGAGAAAGUCACAGAUGCACCAGCCUUUGGAGAAGGUAAGGUAUACUGGUAAAAAGCUAAUGACUGAUUUUUAAGUGAUACACUUUGUUAUUGUAUGCCUAAACCAAUUAUUUUACUUUGCGUCAUCGCUUUUUGAUAUAUUUGCCUUUGAUGUUUAGUACCUACUUUUGUGUCAUGUAAUAACUAUAACUGUAUAGAAGACGAGUUUUUUUCUAUUUUCCUUCUAAAUUUCCAUCCACGCGGACCAAAAUUUUUUCACUAAUUUUCUACCGCCCGUUUGCCUAUGGGAAAGUUACGCAGGGUAUAAACGCCCCUGUGGUAUUACGAAUGUAGGAAACUAUAAAGAAGAUGAAUCUAAAGUUAUGCAUGAAUACGAACUUUAUCCAGAAAUAAUCGAAAUGCUUUUUUACAGAAUGUGUUAAAGAGUGUUGUCUUCAUUUCAUUGCUGAGAGCUUGGGAAAACAUUGGAAAGAUCUUGGCAGAAGGUUGCUCCUCAAAGAUGCAGAAAUUCAAAACAUUUCUGCCGACUCGUCUGAACAAAAAGAACAUGGGUUCCAAGUACUCUUGAAGUGGAAAAAACGUCAUGGCCCCACAGCUCUUGUAAGAGAUUUGACUGAUGCCCUGAAACACCUGCAAUUGAGUGACAUCGCUGAUGAACUAAAUAAACAUUUUAGAGAAUCACAUCACAGUGCACCUUGAAAGUCUGAAAAGUGAUGUUUUUACCUAUACGAUAACUGCCUUAGCCUGUAAUGAAUUUUCCAACAUGUACUCUAAGCAUAGCCGUUUACUCAUAUUCUCCUCUCCCCGCAACAAAAUGAAAGGCACCAGGACAUUCUGUGUGAAGAUAAACCCAGGAAACUCGUUUAGGACAGUAUUCGACAUCAAACUGCCAUUCAGCCUGGUCAUUAGUGUGUGGUUUCAAAAUGUGAAAAAAUUUCACGUAUUGCCAUGUAUUGUGUGCGUGGCACCGAAUUUCUUUUUUGCACUGAAUUUCGAUAAUAUUUCACUGCUUUCGGCCAGUCUGAAGUAACUUGUUUUUAUUCAUGGAUAUAACUAUAGGCGAAACACUGUUUUAUAAUAUAGAUGUUAUGUGCGAACGUUUUAUGAUUAGCUGACGUGCCUGCUCGAUUUGGACAUGACAAAAAUGCGCGGGAAAUUUCCCCCCUUUUUUCCAGAAAUAUUUCCUGGAGAAUUUCCGCAAUAUUUUUCAUUGUUUUAGUCUGGUUUUCUAGAGAGACAUGGAGUUUCCCCGGAGUGUAAACUUACAUGAAGGGGAGACGUAGUUCUCCGAACUACUUCGUAGACUGGUAUGAGCAACACUUUUGCAGAACUCGCGCGGCGAGAGGUCUUGUACCACGAAUAAUAAAACAUGCUGCACAUGCGCAUUACUUCUUGUUUGAACAAGUGGACUUCCCAGUCUAUAUAACUCAAUACGAAUGGCAGCAAUGGGUGGGGAGGAAGAGAUUAAGAACUCAUUUCUUCAUGAGCGAUAAUACCUCUAUAACACUAUAUACUAUUCGGUUGGGGAACAGUGUCUAAGGAUUUCAAUUCCUUGCAGUGUGUAAAAAUUGUGACGUCACAAUGACGUCAUGGUGACGUUGUAAAUAAGCAUAAAUAGUCCAUAAAUUGAACGAGUCCCGACUUGAACCCCAUCGAAAAUCUAUUUCAUUUGGUGUCAAAACAAUUCGCCCUUACAACAUCACGACCUGACCCAUUCUCGACCACCUCCCUAGCUAGUUAUUGAUACAUUGUAGAUAGGACCCUGAACCAUAGAUAUCUUAUAUAAACGAGAUAGCGGAUCUCUUUUAGUAAAAUUGAAGCCAAGAAUAUUCCAGCGGUUACCCCCAUUUGAAUAGAUGGCGGCCAUGUUGGAGUUCCCCACUCGCUAAUAAACGCUUAAAAAACAACACUAACGUUCAUCAUUUGAAUAGUUCGAAAAUGUAUUUGGAAUAGGUUUAACUUAAUGUUUAAGUUCCCUGUUUAAGAAAUAGAAAACAUACGAGUCUUCUCAUUUCAUGGGAAUACCCUGAGUCUGCAAUCACGGCUUCAAUUUUCAAUUGCAGAAUAAUUAUAUACACUAUCUAGUGUAUAUAAGAUAUCUAUGCCCUGAACUCAGUGGCUGGUUCUUUUCACUGCCCAACUUAUAAUUACAUUUAUA